AUGAGCGAGUUUAGUCCGCGAACUCCCGAGGAAGUCUUCCAGAACUUCAAGGGAAGACAAGCUGGCAUUAAUAAAGCAUUAAACGACGACGUGGUACGUGCGCGUGCAUCAGAACCGCGCUCUCUUUUUUUUUUCUCCUUCUCCAAUUCGCGCUUAAAAAUUCGAGUUUAA